GGAGCGCUCUCCGUGGCGCGGGAAGCGGCCGCGGCGCCGGGCCCGAGGCGAGGGGAGCUGCCCGCGGCAGCCCGUGCCCCGCCCCGCCUCGCCCAUGGCGGAGCCGCGCAGCCCCGGGGAUGGCUGCUCCUGCCGCAACACCGACUGCGCGGAGCGGCCGUUGAGGCGGCUCUUCGAGGGCCUGGGAAGGAGCGUGGCCGCCCACCCCUGGCCCUUCGUGCUGGUGCCGUUGCUGCUGUCGGGCGGGCUGGGCGCCGGCUUCCUCUUCCUGCCGCAGCGGCGGACGAACGACAUCGAGGGGCAGUUCACGCCGACGACGGGGCCCGCCAAGGCCGAGCGCGACUUCGUGCAGCGGCACUUCCCCACCGACGACUCGCAGCGCUUCAGCGCGGUGCGGCUGCCCACCGAGGGCGCCUACGCCGCCCUCAUCGCCGUGGCGGCGGCGGGCGGGUCGGUGCUGGCCCCGGCCCCGCGGCACGAGGUGCUGCAGCUGGACGGGGCGGUGCGCGCCCGCGGCUACGAGCGGCUGUGCGCCCGCACCCGCGGCGGCUGCGCCAGCCCCAGCCCGCUGCUGCCGCUGCUGGACGGGGCGGCGGCCGCCCUGGACAACCUCACCUUCCCCUUCUACAACCGCAGCUUUCUGGGGGCCGCGCUGGGCGGCCCGCAGACGGACGCGGGCGGGCGGGUGCUGUCGGCCCGGGCCCUGAAGCUGAUGUAUUACCUGCGGGAGGGCAGCCCCGCGGCGGCGGCCGAGAGCCGGCGGUGGCUGGAAAGAUUCCUGCAGGACAUCCCGGCGGCGUUAGGCUUCUCCUCCAUUCAGGUGACAUAUUUCACUUCGCUGUCGAGACAACAGGAGUUUGAAGGAAAUACAAAGAGGGUGAUCCCACUCUUUUCUGUAACCUAUUUCUUGACAAUAACCUUUGCAGUCGUCUCUUGUCUAAGACUGAACUGUAUAAGAAAUAACAUCUGGCUUGCAUGCUGUGGUGUGCUGUCUGCUGGUUUAGCUGUAUUAAGCAGCUUUGGAUUGCUGCUCUUCUGUGGAGUGCCAUUUGUGGUCACUGUUGCAAAUGCACCUUUUCUUAUUCUAGGAGUUGGUGUUGAUGACAUGUUCAUCAUGAUUGCUUCCUGGGAACGAAGUUCAAGAAAAAAUAAUAAAUCCAAUGUUAAAUCUCUGCUGGCUGAGACUUAUGCAGAAGCAGCACUUUCUGUGACCAUCACCACUCUCACAGAUGUUUUGGCCUUCUUCAUUGGCACCUGGACUGCUUUUCCAUCUGUGAGAUCAUUUUGCCUCUAUACAGGCACUGCUUUUGUCUUCUGCUAUAUAUAUACCUUGACUUUCUUUGGGGCAAUUAUUGUAUUAAAUCAUAAAAGGGAGGAAGGAAACCGACACUGGCUAACUUGUAUGCCCGUGGUAGUAGAUGAGGACCAGGCUGAGAAGUCCUGCCUGUACAAUGCUUGCUGUAUAGGCAACUGUUCUAGGCAGUCAUCUCAGCCAGAAGGUGAACAUCCAAUGAGCAUAUUCUUUGAAAAGUAUUAUGGUCCAUUUUUUACAAAUAAGUGGAUCAAGCUACUUGUGGCGUUGCUGUAUGGAGCAUAUUUGGGUGUCAGUAUUUAUGGAUGUACUCAGAUCAGGGAAGGCAUCGAUCUUCGAAACCUGGCGAGUGAUGACUCUUACGUUAUUCCAUACUACAAUGACGAUGACAAAUACUUCUCAGCAUAUGGACCCAGGGUCAUGGUUGUCAUUCCUGAAAGUGUCGAUUAUUGGAAUGAGACUGUUCGUCUUGUCAUUGAGAACUGCACACAGAAUUUAGAGGGCAUCUCCUAUGUAGAUAAGAACCUGUCGGAUUCAUGGCUGAGAGUAUACACAUCACUUGGAAACAGUGGUUUGGUAAAUAUCAGCAGUAAGACUCUCUUCAUUAAUAACUUACCUGCACUGUUCCGAAUCAUUCCCAGUUAUGAGUGGGACAUUAACAUGACUCAGAAUAAAAUAGAAACUUCACGUUUCUUUAUCCAGACGGUGAACGUGAUCUCAGCCAUUGAUGAGCAGAGUCUUCUCAAUCAGUUAAGAGAGACAGCCAGGCAGUGCAGUAUUCCGUUAAUGGUGUACCACCCAGCCUUCAUCUACUAUGAUCAGUACCUGGUAAUAGUGCAGAACACCAUUCAGAACGUUGUCAUUGCUGCUGGGGCAAUGCUCAUCAUCUCCCUUUUGCUUAUUCCCAACCCAUUGUGCUGCUUGUGGGUGACUUUUGCCAUAGCUUCUGUUAUAGUUGGUGUUGCUGGUUUCAUGACAUUUUGGAAUGUCAAUCUAGAUUCCAUAUCCAUGAUCAACCUAGUCAUUUGUAUAGGGUUUUCAGUGGAUUUUUCUGCUCAUAUUUCCUAUGCCUUUGUUACGAGUAAGGAGCCAUCAGCCAAUGGAAGGGCAAUCGAAGCUCUGUCCCUGCUGGGUUACCCAAUAUUGCAAGGUGCAGUUUCUACUAUAUUAGGAGUGGUUGUCCUUGCUGCAGCAAAAGUCUACAUCUUUAGGACAUUUUUCAAGAUCAUGUUCCUUGUUAUUUUGUUUGGGGCUCUUCAUGGUCUUGUUUUUAUUCCGGUGUUUUUAACCUUUUUUGGAAACUUUUGCGUAUCACCCCACAAUACCAAAUCUAAAAAUACAGAGCUUAGAUUUUAAAAUUAUGAAGAUUGUUUAUAACUGAGUUAAAUGUAAGAUGUUAUGUAUUGAUUAGAUGCAGAUUAAAAUGGAGUGACUUUCAGGGAAUAUAAGAAAUGAAGAAAAUGAAGGACAGAAAAAUAAACACAACAGGGAAGCAAAGGCUUCAGAAAAGCCAGGCAAGAAAAAAACCUGAAGAAAUCAAAGCACACAGAAUGUAUUUGCAUUUCUCUGAUUUUUUUCUGUGCUUGACUGUAGCACCUUAACGUUGUUAAAUCGUUUUUGUGUUGUGACUUGUGUACUGAAUGUAUUCGAAUUAUGAAGCCUGAGCGCUGCCCCAGUGUGAUUGCACUAGGUUACCGUCGUGUCAGGCAAUGUGCACAGGAGAGAGGAACAGCUCCGCCUGGUUUGCAUUUCCUGCCUCGUUACCUUGAUGCUGUAACUCAGCCCAACACUGAGCCUGAAAAUAAUUUCCCCCAAGAGGCUCAAACCUGGAGGUUUUACAGCAAGAUUACAAGAGGUCAGAACUGCCUCAGGCUGCAAAAGUUCUUAAGCCAUCAGGAGACAAAGUCUGUGUAGGCUCCUAAUGCAGCACGAGAAACGCUUAGGGCAGACAAACUGACAUUUUGUAUUCAAAUCCUUCUUUUCUUGGUGUCCUGUUUUCUUGCUAAGAUUAACAUGAUAAAGCUUUAAGAAGAUAGUGCAUAGCUUCUUUUGACUGCAGUUUGUGAAGGGAUAUGCUGUUAGGUGAUUGAACUUGUGUGGACUUCCUGGGUAACCACCUUGGAAGAUGUGCCAUGAAGGAUUCAUCAGGGAGACUGACGUACUGGUUCAGCAGAAGAGUGAGAAAGCAGCUCAGGUGUAAGCCAGUCAGUCCUAAAACUAUAAACCCAUACAUUUUAUUGUGUUAAUCAGUGACGACCCAUCCUGUGAUGUGUCAAUAGAGCAUAAGACUUGUCACUAAAUAAGAGGUAAGAAUUCAUGAGGUGGUCUUUUAAGCUGUAGGGAUUAAGACUGGAUGAAAAGUCAAUUCUUAAUUUGUUGUCCUUAUAGUGAGCUACAUGUAGGAAGUCACGUGAAUGUUGGUAACUGACGUUUGUCAUUUUGGAAAAAACGGUUUAGGAGUUAUUAAACCAUUCAGUCCAAAUCUGCAGCUGUGGAGUGUUUCUUCUGAGAGAUGCAGCAAGUGUGACAAAGCAGUGUCUGCCUCUCCUCCAUGUGGCUUUCUGAUCUGUUGC